AUGUCGUACUGGCCGCUACGAGAUCGCCAGGAAAACUUUGGUGCGCCAGUUGAGGACCAGUACAGCACACAGUGGCCAAUAACACAGGUGACACUAGCGGGAAUGCCUGGAUUCAACGGCGGCGACAUGCUUCGACCGCACGGCGGGCAACUAUUUGGAUCGUUCAGAAAUGGGUCAGACUUGGCAAGUAUGGCAGAUUCCUCGGUUACGCCAGUGGACGCUUCUGCUGCUGCCUCGGCUGCCAGCACCCCCUCACCCACGGCCAAAAUUGGGACUGUGGAUCAUAUGAUGCUGUAUGUUCAGGCCAUGCAGCGCAGUGCCACAGGAGUACAGCCAGCCGAGCUUACACAAGAUUCAGAUGAGGCUGGUGAUGGCCAUAAGGUCCCGCAAGGCAGCGAUUCAAAGCACCGCUACCAAUGCAAUUUUGUUGGCUGCAACAAGUCGUUUCGUCAAAGAAUGCACCUCGAGACCCACAAAAGGUCACACACUGGUGAACGGCCGUUCGUUUGCCCGUAUCCUGGCUGUAGCAAAGCAUUCAGUCAACGCAGCAAUCUGCGCACCCACACGCGAUCCCAUUCUGGCGAACGACCCUUCUCCUGUGAGGUUUGCGGGCGACGAUUCACCCAACGUGGUAAUUUGAAAAAUCACCAAAAGCUCCAUGGAGAAACAAGACAAUUCGCCUGCAAGCUUGACGGUUGCACCAAGACUUUUAACCAGCUUGGAAAUUUGAAGGCCCAUCACAAUUCAGCGCAUGCCAAAACAGUUGCUGAGUUUACAAUGCAUCUACAAGAGGCUUCGUCAAUGCCAAAACUCUCUAAUGAGGAGCAGGAAAUGUUUACCUAUUUUUGCAACCUGUAUCGCAACGCCAACAGGGGCAUCAAGGGCAGGGGUAAAGGAACCCGCACCAUUGUACAACGGGACAGCAGCAUGCCACCGAAUCCUCGUAAAGCGCUGGCUAGUUUGCCCUCGGGAUCUCCGCCCCGUUCACAAGCCACUCCGCCCCAGUCUUUACCCCCGCCAUUCAUAAUACCUCCCCCACAGGGUCUUACAUUUAUCCCUCCUCCCCCUACCAAGGAAAAGCUGCCAUUGCCACCUCUGAACAGUUCAACCUCGAGCAAACAAACGUUGCCCACUCUUCUUCCUGCAUCCAAAAACCCCCCCAUACUGCCGGCGUUUGGUCGAUCCGGAGAACUGACGCCGUCAAGGCCCCCUGUCGCCGGAGUGCUCAAUACGACCCCGGCCGAACAGGUCGCAGCAGAAUGUCUUAUGGAUGCUGUUCAGAACUGGAAAUAUUUUUCAGUGAACCAAAGCGAUGCUAAGCCUAAAGAGGAUGAGAACUGGCAAUGGAAUGCCCGUGCAUUUUAA